UCUUUGCCAGGGGAUGAACAUCCGCGAGUCGAACGCUUUACCGUAGUCUACAGUGACAACGAGGCAUCAGGAUAACUAUCAUCAAGAUACAAUCACACCUAUCCUUAGUUAGUUCGAUCUCCAAGCAUCCGAUUAUGAAGAAUCUUUCACGACUGCGGAGAACGUGUAAUAAAUAUGGAAAUAUAAAUAAUAAAGUUUUAUGAUGUUCCCUAGAAGUGCAUUUCGCAAAGAACAUUGAUCUGACGUGCUCGGAAGGCUCAAUAAGUGCAACGACACGCGUGCAUACUUGCAGAAUAUCUCUUUAGGCAGCCUGAAAUUAUUUGUAGCUUGCCAAUUAGGCGAUUAGUUCGUCCUAAUGGCAGAAACAUCGAAUGUUCCGCUUUGGUCAAGUGCAGAAUUUUAUCUGUCAAUGAGUAAAUUUCUGUGACAGCAUAACGUCGGCCAGGUUGCACAUGCGCCAGUGUCGGUCCCCAUGGAAACGGGAUGCGAGCCACCGCGUGUGAAUGCGUAUUGAUUACUCUACUCUUGCUCCAUUCCGCGAUCUCUUGGUCCUCGCCGUGUCUUCUCCUGUCACCCCGCCAACCCUUGCUCCACCAUCCUUUUUCUCCAUCUCUUCUCUCUCUCUCUUCUCAUCCGUGCAUCCCCUUUUUUUCUUCAAAUUAGCCCCGUAAUGCUCCUGCGCGCUCUUCAGACCCUUUGCAUAAAAAGCGGAGAUUUCUCUUUAUUUUAAGGUUUCCUAUAUCAGAUUUACGGGAAAAUUUGUUACUUUAAAAUGCAUUACUUUUCUAUCAAAUCUAAAAUAAAAUAGAAUCGAAACCACGCGUUUCGUUCAAAGCCAUGCACUGGUGUCUCAUCGUUCAAAGUAAAAAGCUUAAAAGUUUCUUGAUCGUAAAUGUUGUCUACACAUACGACUUGUAUUUCUUAACUUAUGAAGGAUACAAGAAAAAUUUAUGUACGGAACUUGCACGGUUCAAGCGGCCACAUCCUUUGAUAGAAUUUUUUCUUACCUCAUUAUUUAAUCUUUUCAAGACGAUUUCAUUUAUCCUUGACGCAUGAGGUCGAUUUUAAUUAGGUUUUUAAAUAUUGUACUCAAAAAUUUAUUAACCCUUGCGGAGUAAGGAUGGGAAUGGGAAGCACAGUAGGAGGUCCUGUUGCGGCUAAGCCACUUGAAGUAGUAACGAUAGAAAAAACUGAUGCCAGUCCUGAGAAACUAAUGUGCGGUAAUAUUCCAUGCGUGACAACUAUAUAAAAAGGUGAAACUCAUAGAAGGGACUACUUUUACUCCUGCCUUCUACGCUUUAAGAUUUAUAUUUGAAACCUUCGUCUACCUUUAACGAAUGUGGCUGAUCAUAUUUCCCACGAGCAUGUCGUCGCGAUUCAUUUGGGUUCUUCUAGCAACUAUUACCGUUCACUGUGUUUUUGUGAAGAACGAGGAAUCUACUGUGCCUCCUGAAAAUACAUUACUGGCGAGUAUUAUACGUGCUAGAGAUUCUUCCAAAACAUCACAUCCAAAUGACAAGGUACAAGGAUUCGAUAAAAGUUCGGAUAAGCUACCGCGUACAACGAAUAAUCGAUCGGAAGCAAAAUCUAAAGGUUCCAGUUGCUGCGAAUCCAGAUACAGUUCCGGUUCAUCAACGCGGCCCGAUUGGUAUAGCAAUAAGAAACCUGGCUAUUCUACCAAAGUCGGCAGUCGCUUUCCCGCAGACAGAUACGCAUGGCAAACUCAAGGGCAACCACCAGGUUCAACCGGAAGUAUGGGACGACCAGGAACCGGAAACUGGAAUACUGAAACUUUCAUUGAAGGGAGUUACGUAGGAGAUAGAUUUAGUCCGACGCCGAGUUAUGGAAACGAAGGUACACGUAAGCCUAAUGGUUAUGCUUACGGUAGUUCUGGAGGAUAUGGAUAUGGUAAUAAUGGAGGAUAUGGUUUUAAUCGACCAUCUGGCUAUGGAGGAAUUUCAGGGACAUUAGCUAAUGGAGAUGAAUUCGGAUCUGUGGAACCAAACUACCCCGAAAUAAACGCCCCUGCGCAUCCAAAUCUUCAAACGCAAAAAGCUGUAGCUUUAAAAGCUUUAGCAGGUGUUGCCUUAAUUGCAACGGCUGCUGCAUUAGCAACAAAUCCUGUUCUUCUUCCACUUGGCGCUGUAUCAGGGAGAAGAAAGCGAUCGAACUCGGAUAUUGAAAAUAAAGAUCAGUUUCUGGAUAAUUUAAUUCGCGGACGAAUUUUCGAGAAAAGUCUUAUCAAGGUCCCAGAAUAAUCCAAGUAAUCAAGUAAUGAAGCUAGAAAAUUUACAGAAACGGUAAUUGCUGCUUCAGAGGGAGUAAAUUGUAAUAUCUAUAAGUGUAAUGAAUGUAAGAGUAAAUCCUAAAUUCAAAAAUAAGACGUAGGUUCAACUGUAUAAUUGUUUUUCAUUUUUAAUUUCAAAACCGGUCACUUGAUUAUUUAGAGUGGUUGGAUGGAUCGAAUGAAUAGGCAAAAUAUAAUGUGUACCCAUAUUUAUCUACAUAUUAAGAAACGGACCAUUAGUUUUGUAAACAAAUGGUGUCAAUAAAUAAUUUAAUGCGAAAGUUUA